UCUAAGGCUAAUAAUAAACCUACUGAGUAAUGGGUAAGGCCUGGGACUGCAGUUCCUUGUGAGGGAGCAGAAGUAGAUCGAGGUGAGAGCAUAACCUUUUGCGGAAGAAGAGACCCACCAUCAAGCCUCACCUAUGGUGGAGGACCAUGAAACGCUGCCUGAAGGAAGAGUAUUGGGACUUGCUAGUGCACAACUGUGUCCCCUGCGAACGGCUAUGUCACAGACCCAACCACAAGAAUUGUGACGUGUUUUGCAAGUCUCUGAGGUGCAGCAAGAAACAAGGCAGCUACUAUGACCACCUCGUGAAAGAGUGCAUCAGCUGCUACUCCAUCUGUGGACAGCACCCGAAGCAAUGUGCGCACAUCUGCCAGAGUAAGAAAUCAGGUCCCGAGAGAGUCAAUGUCACUGCAGCGCAUGGGCAGCCCUGGAUUGUGGAUUCCAGGAGAGCUGAGGCAAGCCCCCUGCUGCAACUGGACCAGAAGCUGAGUGGCGACCCAGGACAGCUGGCUCUGGUCUACACCGUCCUGGGGCUGUGUGUGUUCGCUAUCUUUUGCUGCUUUUUUGUCACCAUGGCCUGCUUCCUGAGGAGGAAGGGAGACCAGCCUCGGCCAGGGCCGGAUCAGACCUCCACACAGGAUCAUUUAAUGGAAGCAGGAAGUGUUGGAGAUGCAUCUAAGGAGCUCAAGACUCCAGAGCCUGUGGAAACAUCUAGCUUUAGCUACCCGGAGCAGACUCCACCCACUGAAGAGAGCACAGUCCCUACAGAGGUCUCACAUCCUGAGGUCCCACCUCAGCAGGAAAAUGUAGCGGCCAUGCAGGGAUGCGUUGGUCUGGUGGGGACGGCAUCCUCAGGGCCUACCCCGGGCUGCAAGGAAGGCUGCUUCAAGAUCAUCUGUUCGCCCUCCCAGGAGAAAGCGUCCUCCCCAUAAAACAGACAAAGGAGGCAGGGCAAGAAGAAACUGGAGUGGCCUGUGUCUGUUCUCUCCCCAAACAAACAGAUCUUCCUGAAACAUUUCUUUCCUUUUGCCAUGGAAAUAAAAUCUCAUUUCUGUGGCGCUCCCCUCCCCUUUUGGGUUA